AUGGCAUCUUUUAAGGUUACAUGUGUACCAAGAAAUCUAGAAUUGUUGUGGUUACAAGCUAAAGAUACCCAUCAUGCAUACAACAUUUUCCAUGACCGCGAUGUAAGUGAGCCAAGAUGUAGAAAAGGUGAUGGAGGACUGACUUUCUUAUUGACGAAGAAGAAGAGUACGUUGUGUGAGAAAGUGAUGAGGCAUAUCAAAAAUGUUGGGUUUGAGGGUGUAUUGGUGUCAGUGGUUCACAAAGUUGAUCAUCCUCUCAUUACCGCGUUGGUGGAAAGAUGGCGUCCAGAGACCAACACGUUUCAUUUUCCUAUUGGUGAAGUAACUGUUACCUUGCAUGAUGUGCAGGUGAUAUGGGGUUUACCCAUAGAUGGACCAGCUGUGACGGGUAAAAUCAAAAUGAUGACCUUAGCAGAGCACAUAGACCACACGUUUGAUGCAAAUAACGAUCUGUUGUGCCUGCAAAGAGCUAUUCUAGCUCUUAUUGGUUCGAAGCUGUUUCAUGAUUCAAACACCUAUGAUAUAAGUUUGAAUUAUUUACAGUACUUAGAAGACCUGAGCUGUGAAGGUCGAAAGAGUUGGGGUUCUACAACUCUUGCUUGUUUGUACAGGAAUCUUUCUAAGGGUACGAUGCCACAAAGAAAGGGCAUUGAUGGGGGGUUGUUGUUGUUGCAGUAUUGGGCGUGGGAAAGAAUGUCACGGAUUGCCCCACGCGUCACCCCUUUUAAAGAGAAGACAUCAUAUAAUUAUGGCGAGUGCUUAGCGAAUAAGUGGCAUGGAAAGUUCUCCCAUGUUCAGACACCCGCUCAUGUUCUAACUAUCUACCAGUCAUUUUUUAACGCGUUAACGAACGAUCAGUUUUUGUGGACCCCGUAUACCACCUUCAUCCACUUACUACCUCGAGAUUGUACGCAUGGUCAACAACUAUGGGCAUACAUCGGCCCCUUGAUACAUUGGGAGGAGGUGGAAUCACAUCUAGCACAGAGAAUUGCUAGACAGUUUGGAAUGAUACAAACCAUUCCAAAUGAAGUUGGUUUGAUGGAACCACAAGAGUGGAAUUCCCUUCGUGACUCUUUAAGGGGAGAAGACCUUUGGUCGACUGGGGUGUAA